AUGUCCCAAAUUAACUACAAUCUGAUCUGCGAAUUCGAAUGUUGCAUCUGCUUCAAUUACAUGCAACCACCAAUGAACGUGUGUCCCAAUGGCCACGCAUAUUGCGGAUCUUGUUUCAACCGGAUCAUUAGAUGUCCCAUGUGCAGAGCCUGCAAGCAGGGAGCUCGCAAUUUGGGUCUGGAACGAUUGUUCGAGAAGUUGUACUUCCCAUGCAAGAACAUGGACUUGGGAUGUUCAUUUGAGGGUUUGGGUUCGGCGAUGAAGGCGCACGAGAGCGAAUGCGGAAGAAAGCAGUCUCUUUGCCCUUUUGCUCUCACCAAUGAGUGCACGUGGGAUGGUGCUUCUACGGAAAUGGAACGGCAUGCGAGGGACCAGCAUCGCUUGUUGGAAGACUUGAGUACGAGUUACUGGCUGCCCUUUUUGUGGCAAGAUCGUUGCUGGAGAGAGAUCGUCAAAUUUGACGAAACGUUGUUUCUUUUGACGUUCUAUGGUGAUUUAGAUGUUCUACAGGUAGGGGUGUACGUUUUAAGAUCUGCCCCUGACAAGGCGUACACUUUUCACUUAAUGCUCAAUGGAAACGGCAGACAGAUGGGUACAGGUGGAAGUUGUCUUCGCUUCGAGGAAUAUGGUGUCAAUAAAAUUGAUAUCGAUAAUCGCGUGUCGUUUCCAUCGAGGGUGAUCGACAGAUUAGUUGUUGAUGGCAAACUCUUCUAUCGUAUUACUAUUGUAAAGACAAGAUAA